ACUUUUCUUUUAAAGCAGCGAAUCAAACCAACGCUUCAGUCAGUUCGUCCUAAUCGAAAAGCCCUUGCUUCCGCCUCCCUCUCUCCCAGUUUGCUUGCCGGCCGCCUGCGAAGAAGGAAGCUGGGAAUGGAAUUUUGCCCAACCUGUGGAACGUUGUUGCGGUACGAGUUACCGGCGGAGAGGCAUCCCGCCAGAUUCUUUUGCCGGACGUGUCCAUAUGUCUGUUCAGUUCAGACCGGGGUUAAGAUCAAGAGAAAGCUGCAGCUCGUCAAGAAAGAAGUUGAGCCUGUUUUCACCCUAGAAGACAUGAUGAAGGGAGGCUCCGAAACUGAAGCAACCUGUCCUCACUGUAAUUUCGGGAAGGCCCGUUACCAGCAGCUGCAAAUCCGAUCAGCAGAUGAGCCGGCAACCACAUUUUACUUUUGCCUGAAUGAGAAGUGUUCACGAAUGUGGCGCGAGGAUUGAGUUUGCUACAUUUCUUUCCUCUUCUUUGCUAUGUUCUUUUUUUUCUUUCUAUCUUGGCGGGAUUGGUUUCGUGUUCUUCUUAUACCUAAGACCAAUGUUUCGCUUGUUGCAUGUUACUGCAAUAUUCCAGUUGCUGAUAAUGCUGCAAUGCCAUCAUCAAUCUGAUUAUCAACUUUUUUGCUCGGUAAGGUUUGAAUUCCAUGGGUACUUGUGAAAAUUGUUGAUAUAUAGAUUGGCAUAAGAAUUGCAAGACCUCCUUAGAGCUCAAGAUUAAGGUCCCACGAAGAUCUCCAACUAAGGCUGCUUGCUGCCUUGUCCAUCUGUCACGUUGCAGAACCACAACAAGCAAACGAAUCAUAAAGGUCAGUGGAAGUAUGGCCCAAAUGGGAAAUAAUGUAUGCUGAGCAACUGCAUUUGCAACAAGACUUCAAAUUUAUAGGGAGAGGGUGUGUGUGCAUUUGUCAACUCCGUGGCAGAACCGAUUCAUGAAUGGAAGCAUUGUCUGUAGUAAAACUGGCUUAGUAAAAACUGCAGUAGGCUACGCAACCAUAUAAAAGUCCAUACCCAUUUAUUCAUUCAUUCA